UCGAAUUCAGUCUGCCCUUCACUUUUCAAAGCCUCGUUUCUCUUCUCAAGUUCGGGCCUUCUGAGCCACCAUUUUGCAUUCAGAGGAUUGAGGAAGACAGAUUGCUGUCGAGAUCUUCCCGCAAUGCAAAUUUUCGUGAAGACACUUACGGGGAAGACUAUCACCCUCGAGGUGGAGUCUUCCGACACCAUCGACAAUGUCAAGUCCAAAAUCCAAGACAAGGAAGGCAUUCCCCCGGACCAGCAACGCCUGAUCUUCGCCGGCAAGCAACUCGAAGACGGCCGCACUCUCUCCGACUACAACAUCCAGAAGGAAUCGACCCUCCACCUGGUCUUGCGUCUUCGCGGUGGUGCCAAGAAGCGCAAGAAGAAGGUCUACACCACUCCCAAGAAGAUCAAGCACAAGCGCAAGAAGACCAAGUUGGCCGUGCUCAAGUACUACAAGGUCGACGGCGAUGGGAAGAUCGAGCGGUUGAGGCGCGAGUGUCCCACCAAGGAGUGCGGUGCCGGUGUUUUCAUGGCUGCCAUGCAUAACCGACAAUACUGCGGCCGUUGCCAUCUCACCUACGUCUUUGACGAGUCCAAAUAGAUGGGGCAACAUAGAGGGGAUACGCCAGAAGCCAUGGAAUGAAGCGGGUGCAAAUAUCCUGGGUGCGGGUCAAAGCAGAUAGCAGACAACUACUCAACCGCCUCUAGGAAGCAGAUGGCAAAUGAGAAGCACUACCAUCAUGACACUGCUUGCUAUUCUUGCCCAUACUGUCUCCCCCCAAAUGACCACGGUCUUUAAUUCUUUUGUAUCGUGGGCAGAUUUCUCAGCCGCCGUUUUCGGCCUGUAGGGCUGGCACUAUAGUGGCGAACAGUCCGGGCCAAUCACGUUACUCCCAGACACCGGGGGACCCACCAAUCAUUAUCGAUAGCC